AUGCACCUGGACCCCCCAAAGGUUUGUGGGCAUCCGGACACCUUGGACCCCUUUGCAGCGACGCCGGUUGGUUGUCCAACCAUCAGCGACAUGUAUGGACAGGAGUAUUGCAGUUCGGUUCUUACCUGCAUGUUUACAAUCUUUCGCUGCAUGAUCGGCGACUGCACCUCUACCGGUGGAAGAUCUCUGACGGCCAUUUGGAGUGAUGGCUACGGGUGGCCGUUCUACCUGUUCUACUCCUUCUGCAUGGUUUGCACAAUCUUCGGCAUGUUCAACAUCAUCACGGGCAUCUUCGUCGAGGCCACCAUGAACGGCCUGAAGGAGCAAGAGAUACACCGCAAGUAUGCGCAAGCCUAUGAGUCCAACUACAUGACGGAGCAGCUUGCGAAGCUGGUUCUUUGCAUCUCUGAGAAGGUGCGCAAGGCACGGCAAGGAGGGGAAUCCUUUGGCGCGAUGAUGAGGAGAGGCUUCAGCUCGAACAGCUUCCGGUCGGACGAGUCGCCGUCACCGACCUCCUCCACCGAUCAGAUGGAGCAAGAGCUGUUCCUGACUGAAGAGGAGUUCCUCCAGGCAAUUCGGAACAGCGACGUCCGAAUGAUUCUUGAUGACUUGGACGUGUACGUCGAACCGCGGCCAGGGGUUUUCGAGGCUUUCGAAACGCAGGAUGAUGGCACCGUCUCCAUGUCAGAGCUGGUUGCUGGGCUGAUGAGCUUCCGUGGCGAGCUUCAGAAAGUGGACGUCCUCACCACCAAGAAGGUGGUGGGAGACGUGCGGAAGCAGCUCUCCGAACUGCAAUCAGCGCACCAGGUCUUCAUGAGUCAGAUGCCGCAACUCAUGGAGCAGAUGGAGGACAGGAUUUCCACGGCAUCCACAACCCUCCGCCCGUCAUCAGAUCCUCGGCGCCUGGUAGUGGCCGUCCCGAGGAAGCGGAACCAAAAAUGGUAG